GUUCGAAUUUGGUGACACUUUUGCACGUGUUUUCGCUGAUAUUCAUUUUUCAGUUCUGCUAUAUUAUCACAAAUAAUAAUGGGCAAAAACUCUAACAAACGUAUUCUUAGGAACUCUAGUAAUCUAGAAAAUAGCUUAAGCUUAUCUAGUAACGUAUUAUCACCCCUAAAAUCAGCUAUAAUUAGUAGUUCACCCAAUACAAAUACUUCCAACAUAAUGCUAACCCCUGUAAUACAGGUGGAAGAUAUCCUGUCAGCAAAGGCAGAGAUUAGUAACUUAGUCUCUAUCAUAAACGACAUGCAGCUACAAAUAAAUGACCUUAGGACGAAACUAAAUCUACUUGACCCGGUACCAGAAACAAUCUUCCAUCUUAAAAAAGAACUGGGAGAUCUCACUUUCCUAAAACUGUUUAAAUUGAAGACUAAGCCAACCGAUGCUGAAAUGGAACAUGUUAAGGAGCUAGAGAACGCAAUGGACUAUCUAUCGAGCGAAGUUGUUAAGAGACUUGCUUCCAAACAGAACGCCAUAGUGUACAACAUACCUGACAAUGAGCCCAUAAAGUCGGUUCAGCACUCCUUGUUAAGGGCUGCAAACCUCUUAAGUACACCCUGUCAGUGUAUCAGACUAAAUAAAAAAGAGUUAAACCGCACAUGUCCCAUACUUUUCAGGUUUGACAGCUGUAUAAUAGCAGAACAAUUUAGGAAAUCUGGGGAUACUUUGACCUCCACCACGAAAUUCAAAAAUGUUAAGAUAGUCUCGGACAAAACCCCCAGCCAACGACAGGUAGCUAAAAAUACCUUAGAUACGAAGACGAUUAUACCACAAAUCAUGAAUAGCAUCAGUGCCGAAGUAUCGAAGGACACUGAAGCACAAAGUGACACUUGCAUUGUACUAGGUGAACAAGCGACACGCGAAGGUGAAGGGAAACCCAAAAAGGGCAGUAACACUGGAAUGAGUCUCAAAGUUCUUGAGAACACUCCUAGGAAAGCUACCGACCCCGCACAUGAGGUAGACAUAGAUGCUUCUGUGACAGAUAACCUACAAAUAUCGGCAGAUAACACUGCACCCAGGGCCAAGCAAGGUAAUCUCCUUGUAAAAGCUGAAAAGAAGUCCCCUAAAACCAGGGUCUCUCCACAGGCGUCCACAUAUCUCCCUUGUGACAAGCCCAACAAGCAGCAUGUAAGCCUAAAAAAGAGCUAUGCACGCAUUACGGCAGGUCCCAUAAAGGAGACGGAACACGAGGGUGGAAGUGCUCUUCGUCGAACUAAGGGUGGUAGACAAACUGUGGAUGACAGACUAUACGAGGUCAAAACUAACAGCAAAUAUAGCUCUAUCCACACAAAAUCACACUCUAGCAGACACGCAAGAGGAGCCGAGCUGAUUAAACAACAGGGUCAGACCCACGAUUUCCGUAAUAGCCGAGGUUGUAAUAUGCCUAUGGGCUCAUAUAACCUGAGAACGGGACCCAGAAUAAAUAAUCAAAACACAUGGGCUACUAGACGGGACACCACUAGGUACCAUAUGGAUGGAAAUGCAUACUCGGACCCUCAUAGUAGCUAUGUAAAUCCCCAUCAGCAUAACGGGUAUAGAUUGAAUCACGGUCCUUCUAUGUACAUGCACGAAAUGAGUCCACAAAUGUACAACUGCGAGAGACUUGGCACGCACUACCCUCAAAACAACCUAGAAACAGGUUAUUUCGGCCCUGUAAAUAACAAUCUGAAUAGUGAAACAGAUUAUCUAAUGUCAAGGAAUGAUUCCAGAUACCCACGUAAUGAGGCCAGAAACCAAUAUAUGCAACAGGAUUAUUUUCGGUUGCAGCAAACAAUAGCCCCUCUUGCAGCACAAUUUGUUCAGGGAAUAGUAGACACACUGACAAUGUCUCAUCUGAGAAUCCCUCGGAACAUAACAUAGGCUACCAGGAGUUAGGGAUAGUAACAAGAAAACCCACUAAUUACCCUCCCAACAAAACUGGUUUUCUAAAAAUUAUGCUCUUAAAUGCUCGAUCUCUCCUUAACAAAAUAACUUCCCUUCGCAGCUUGGUAUACAUGAGACGGCCAACACUGAUUCUGGUAACUGAAACUUGGCUAACUAAUGAUAUACCUGACACAAAGCUGAUAAUCGAUAACUAUGACAUCCACAGGAAUGAUAGAGUGGACAAAAGAGGAGGCGGGUGUCUAAUAUAUGCUUCUAAAUCUACUGACCCCAAUACUUUUACAAACCUAACUAUCGACAAACUCCCAGAAUCUAAGUGGAUAAGCAUCCACACGAAUGAAAAUAAAAUUCUAGUGGGAUGUAUAUACAGAGCCCCCAGCAGCCCUAAAACGACUGAUACGGUUAUCGCAGAAAUACUAGAGCAUGUACCUACCCUGGAAUUCGACUACAAAAUAAUUUGUGGCGAUUUUAACCUCCCCGGAGUGAACUGGGAUACCUGCACUGGACCUAGAAUCUAUGACGAGCUCCUAGAAGCUAUAGAUGUAGGAGGAUGGAAGCAGUGUGUACGCC